AUGCCACACAAUAAAAUUGUUUUCGUGCUUCUUGUUCUAUAUUGGUUUGAUGCCAUUGGAAGUUCUGCUAUUGCGUUGCCCAAAGAUUCUUUAAAAGCCAAUAGUUCAUCUGUACUGGACUGUAGCAAAUUCAAAAAUGAUUAUGAUAUUCUUCAACAAUUUCCUUUUCCAAUCAUUAUUAAUCCGAUUGAACAAAUAUUUAAUCAAAGUACAGCAACUAUGCAUGAAAAUGAUACUUUUGUCGAAACUAUCUUUAUUCGCGAAGAGAAAGUAGUUCCAUCGAGUGUAUUUUGUUUAUUGAAACUGCACACUUUGCACAUUGAGACGACACCUUUUGAAAAUGGUAUUGUACCCGAUAGUUUAGCAAAUUUAAAACAACUUCGUUACUUUUGGGUUUAUGAUUCAGCUAUUGUAAAAAUAACAGAACGAUUGGAACAACUACUUGAUCUUUCAAUGUUAACUAUGAGAAAUUGCUCAUUAAGUCAUUUACCAAAGUUCAAUAAGCUGAAGAACUUGUGGAGCAUUGAUAUUUCUAGAAAUCAAUUUUCUAAACUAGAAGGAAUUCCUGCUGUACUUAUGGUGUCACUUCAAGAUAAUCGUUUCACUGAAAUACCAACUUUAGAGACACCAGAAAAACUUGCGUAUCUUGAAAUGAGCAACAAUCCUCUACGAAACGUUCAAUCAAUUAGUUCAUAUAUCAAUCUUAAAUCUAUUUCAUUACGAAGUGCAACUCUAACAUCUAUUCCUUCUGAUAUCAAUCAAUUACAAAAACUUCAAACUCUAGACUUAUCUAACAAUAAAUUAUCUGAAAUUCCAGAUAGUCUAAUCAAAAUGCCUGCACUUGAAAUGCUCAACAUAACAAAUAAUAUGUUUACAACUAAAUAUAUUCAAGCCAUUGAAAAGAAAUUCAAAGCAUCUCUUCCAAAUGCAGAAAUAAUUACUUAA